UCCUAGCCUCAAGUGAUCCACCCACCAUGGCUUCCCAAAGUGCUGGGAUUACAGGCGUGAACCACCGCGCCCGGCCCCGGGCCCCUGUUUUCUUUUGCAUCUGGUAGGAACUCCACCCUCAGACUGCAAUCUCCUGGUUACUAGAGUCUCCACACAUGCUGGUGGCCCCCACAUCCACAAAAGACUCCUCCAUUCAUAAACACCACAUGCUUGCCCCUACCUCUAUGCCAGGAAUUUCUUCCCCACUUGCCUCUAAGUGUCCAAAUUAUGUUAAAUCAUGUUCUUCCAGAUUUAGCUCAAGUUUUCCUUCUUAAAUUUAAUGGAAUUUGCCCUUUUCACAAGGUGGCGCUGAAAGCAAAGAAGGAAGUGCCUGUCCCUCCUAAAGCCGAAGCCAAAGCGAAGGCUUUAAAGGUCAAGAAGGCAGUGUUGAAAGGUGUCCACAUCCACAAAAAAAAGAAGACCCGCACGUCACCCACCUUCCAGAGGCCCAGGACACUGCGACUCCGGAGGCCGCCCAAAUAUCCUCGGAAGAGCGCCCCCAGGAGAAACAAGCUUGACCACUGUGCCAUCAUCAAGUUUCUGCGGACCACUGAGUCCGCCAUGAAGAAGAUAGAAGACACCACCACACUUGUGUUCAGGGUGGAUGUUAAAACCAACCAGCACCAGAUCAAACAGGCUGUGAAGAAGCUCUGUGACAUUGAUGCGGCCCAGGGCAACACCCUGAUUCGGCCUGAUAGAGAGAAGAAGGCAUAUGUUCAACUGGGCCCUGAUUACUAUGUUUUGGAUGUUGCCAAAAAAAUUGGGAUCAUCUAAACUGAGUCCAGCUGGCUAAUUCUAAAUAUGUAUAUCUUUUCACCAAAAAAAAAAAUUUAAUGGAGUUUAAUGAUUCUCUGCUCUUCCAAAAUGUAGUAACAGCAGCAGUCUGCACCAACGAUUUGACUCAUCACUUGAUUUUUUUUUUUUUUUUGAGACAGAGUCUCUCACUGUCACCCAGGCUGGAGUGCAGUGGCGUGAUCUUGGCUCACUGCAACCUCUGCCUCCUGGGUUCAAGUGGUUCUCCUGCCUCAGCCUCCCGAGUAGAUGGGACUACAGGUGCGCGCCACCACGCCCAGCUAAUUUUUUUAUUUUUUUAUUUUUAUUUUUAUUUUUUUAUUUUUAUUUUUAUUUUUUGAGACAGAGUCUCGCUCUGUCGCCCAGGCUGGAGUGCAGUGGCGCGAUCUCGGCUCACUGUAAGCUCCGCCUCCCGGGUUCAGGCCAUUCUCCUGCCUCAGCCUUCCGAGUAGCUGGGACUACAGGCACCCGCCACCACGCCCAGCUAAAUUUUUGUAUU